AACAAAACAUCGCAGAAAUGCGAUGAUUUUAAGUUUCGCGACUGGCAGUGACUGUUUAUAUUUCGGGUCGUUCAGUUUUCCGAGCAAAACUAUUGAAAAAUUCAGUGAAAUACUUUAUUUUUCCACACUGUGAUACGAUUUACUGAUUCUUCAAAAUGGCUCGUCGGUAUGAUUCCAGAACUACUAUCUUCUCGCCCGAGGGCCGUCUCUACCAGGUCGAGUAUGCGAUGGAAGCCAUUUCGCAUGCCGGCACCUCUUUGGGAAUACUGGCUAAGGACGGCAUUCUGCUGGCGGCCGAAAGGAGGAACACCAACAAACUGCUCGAUAGUGUAAUCUUCUCGGAGAAAAUCUACAAGUUGAAUGAUGACAUGGUCUGCUCUGUGGCCGGAAUCACUUCGGAUGCCAACGUGCUGACGAAUCUACUUCGAGUGAUUGCACAACGCUACCAACUGAACUAUGGAGAAGCAAUGCCCUGCGAGCAACUGGUCUCGCAUCUUUGCGACGUGAAGCAAGCCUAUACCCAGUACGGAGGCAAACGUCCUUUCGGUGUAUCCAUUUUGUACAUGGGAUGGGACAAACAUUACGGAUAUCAGCUAUACCAGUCUGACCCCAGCGGAAACUAUGGUGGAUGGAAGGCGACUUGCAUCGGUAACAACUCAGCUGCAGCUGUGUCUGCGUUGAAACAAGAACUGGGAGACAGUGAAAUUACAUUGGUUCAGGCACAAGAUCUUGCGGUUAAAGUCCUGUCAAAAACUUUGGAUAUGACGAAAUUGACGUCGGAAAAGAUCGAAAUGGCAGUCUUAACGCGGGAAAACAACAAAACCGUAAUCAAAAUCCUCUCCAGCACGGAAGUGGAUGCGCUCAUUGCCAAGUACGAGAAGGCAGAAGCUGAAGCCGAAGCGGCUAAGAAGGAAAAGUUGGCGCAAAAGUCGGAUAAGUAAGGAACUCCGGAUGAAAAGUAAGACACACAUUUAAACUUAAAUCGGUUCAAUUUUCAUUUCCAAAUAUGUGAAUACAUUGUUCGGUAAAUCGGA